AACUUUUUUGAGAAUUGGUAAGAUCUCCAUCUCAUUAAAGAAUUCUCGGGGAAAAAAAAAAACCGCUGAGAAGGAGAAGGGCUAUUGAGAAAUGGCUGGGCUUUGACUCAUCACCAGCUUCCUCUGUGGAAGUCGUUUCUCUCCCUCUCUCGGCUAUGGCGGCUUUCGCAACAAUGGGCAAUGGAACCCUUAAGAUGAAUUUCCUUCUCCUUCUAGUUCUGUUAACCACCCUUGUAUUAUUCUCAGCUCCUUCAGCUUCUGCUUCGGCGAGCGAUCACCGCUACAAUGUCGGAGAUCACGUCCCCUUAUUCGUCAACAAAGUGGGACCUUUAAACAACCCCAGUGAAACCUAUCAAUACUAUGACUUGCCAUUCUGCCAUCCAGAUACUGUAAUACAGCAGACAGAAACCAUUGGUGAAGUUUUGAAUGGUGAUCGUUUGACCAAUACUCUAUAUGAGUUGAAUUUCCGUGAGGGAAAAAGUCAUACAACCCUUUGUCAUAAAAAGCUUAAAGCUAGUGAAGUUGCUAUAUUCAGGAAUGCUGUCAUCAGGGAUUUCUACUUCCAGAUGUACUAUGAUGACCUUCCUUUGUGGGCAUUUGUUGGGAAAGUUGAAGAGGAGUAUUGGAACCUCAGUGGGCCCAAGUAUUAUUUAUUCAAACACGUUCAGUUUGAUGUCGUUUACAAUGACAACCAAGUCAUAGAAAUUAAAGCUUUUAGCGAUCCUAAUGAUGUUAUGGAUAUAACUGAAGAUGCUAAAAUUGAUGUUGAGUUCACUUAUUCUGUUAACUGGAAUGCAUCCUCUGCUAACUUCAAAAGCAGGAUGGACAAGUACUCAAAGGCUUCUUUGCUGUCAAUUCGUCAGAAAAUGCAUUGGUUUUCUUUUAUUAAUUCUAUUGUCAUCAUUUUCCUCUUGAUGGGAUUUCUCACCUUGCUUAUCAUGCGGCGACUGAAGAAUGACAUGAGAAGGUUCUCUAAUGUUGAUGAAGAAGAAGAUAAGGAGGUUGGUUGGAAAUAUAUCCAUGGCGAUGUAUUCAGAUGCCCUUCCAACAUGUCCUUGCUUAGUGCCGUUUUGGGCGUUGGCACCCAGUUACUCACCCUCGUUUGUAUCUUAUUUUUGCUGGCAUUUUUUGGAGUCUUUUACCCGUACAAUCGUGGAGCACUUCUAACUUCUAUUGUCUCUGUAUAUGCUCUUACGUCCGUGGUUGGUGGGUAUACUUCUGCUGCUUUUCAUAAUCAAUUUUCCGAGGCUGGAUGGAAAAGGAGUGUUCUUCUGACUGGAAUUCUCUACACGGGUCCAUUGUUUGCGACAAUGUCUAUUGUUAAUACAAUUGCUAUAGCUCAGGGGGUUACCGCUGCACUUCCAUUUGGCACCAUUGUGGUUAUUCUUCUAAUAUAUUUUCUCCUUGCAAUCCCAUUGCUUGCCUUAGGAGGGUUGAUUGGACAUCGUUUCAGAUCAGAAUUUUCCGCACCUUCUGCUACAAAGCCAUAUCCAAGAGAAAUUCCACCAUUAGCUUGGUACAGGAAAAUACCUAGUCAAAUGCUCAUUGCGGGUCUAUUACCUUUCGGUGCAGUUGUGCUUCAGUUACACCAUCUUUAUGCAAGCAUAUGGGGCUACAAGAUAUAUACUCUACCAGGCAUUUUGUUCGUUACAUUCGUUAUCCUCGUCAUACUAACUGCAAUCUUAAGCAUUGGUUUGACAUACAUUCAACUUUCUGUUGAGGACCACAGAUGGUGGUGGAGAUCUGUUUUAUGCGGGGGAUCCACCGCUAUUUUCAUGUUUGGUUACGCCAUUUACUUCUAUCUGAAGUCCAAUAUGGAUGGUCUCAUGCAGCUGUUGUUCUUUAUUGGUUACAAUGCUUGCAUGGCCUACGCUUUCUUCUUGGUGCUCGGUACAAUUAGCUUCUGUGUUUCGUUGAUGUUUGUUCGUUAUAUAUAUCGUGCCAUUAAAAGCGAGUGAGCCAACAAUGCAAUCUGCAUUUGGUUUCCUUUCGCACACGCGCACUAAUGGUUGGAGAGAAGGGAGAGAGGAGGAGAAAAGAGGGCAUUUAGAUUUGUAGUGUUCCAUUUUUUUCCUGGUACUGAAAGCAAUAGAAACUAUGAGCAGGAUUGUAUUUGUGACAACCAUUGAGAAUUUUGGAAUACACGUUUUACGUUUUAGAUGUGAAUUAGAGGCUCCUUACCUGCCCCAUAAUUAUAUGUAGCUUCUCUAAUUAUGUUGUCAACAUGUAUGCAAAUAUUUACCCACUAACGAGUAUUAUUGUUUUAGCCACGA